CAUCAUCCUUUAGAAGCCCAUUUUUCCAAUUCCUUCUCCAUUAUUCCUUUUCCCUCAAAAUUAAAAUUCAUUGAUAACUCGUCUCCAUCAACACUAAAAGUUUUUUAAAUAAACAAUAAAAAAUGGCAGCUUCAUUGAAAUUGACACUAACUCUCAUCACCCUGAUCGCCCUUAUGGUUGUCACUUCCAUCCCAUCGACAAUUGCAGCCGACGCCGCAGCUGCCAAAAAUGAUACCGCUGCAGGGGCCAAGAAUGAGACCGCUGCAGGAGCCGAAGCCCCCAAGGCCGAAGGAAGUGACUCGCCCGCUGCAAGCCCGACAACAGAUACCGCCGCUGGUGCCGCUAGUGCCACUACGGCUGGAGGAUCAUCUGCCGCACCUGCACCUGGACCUGAUGCACACGCUGCCGCCACCGUUUCAUUGCCAAGCCUUUUGGGCUGCGCCUUGGCCACAGUUGCAGUUGGGCUACUGAACUACUAGAUGGAUACCGACAGCUUCAAGACGGAUCCAGUAGUUUGCCGAAAAUACGGUGGUGUUUUGUGGUAUAUAUAUAGAAGGGAGGCCAUUUGUGUAAAACGAGACGUAAAAGAUAAAAUCAACAACCAAUUUGUUUUUCAAAAUUGUAUUUUAUAAGUCUUGCUUUUCUUCUACUUUUUUACAAGUGUUUUCUUUGCUCUUUUCAGGAAUUGGGACUUUGUGAUCCAAUGGUCUAAAGUGACACCGCAUGUUCUUUUUUUGUAAUAAUUUAUGAAGCAAUAUAAUUAAAUUUCAUUC